AUGCUCUCCCUCGUUAUCUCUUACUGGACUGGCCGUCUCCAGUUGCCUGAUGAGUCUGAGGAGAAGCUAAAGGCAUAUAACGCCGAGUUCUUGAAAGAGCAAAUCAUCGAUGAUCUGGCCAAGAUUUCGUUCGCUGCUAACUACCUCGAGAUCAAUGACUUGCUCGAUGUUUCGAAUCAGGCCAUUGCGGACCGCAUCAAGAACAGGAGCGUGGAGUACGUGAGGAAUUUGAAGUUCUGGGGGUUUGAUCCCAAAACAGAUUUCUGGACAAAGGAGGAAGAGGAGGAGCUUCGAACCAGCAACGCCUUUGCCUUUGAAGGCGUCGAUCCAGACGAUGAUGAUUCUCAAUCGUCCUCGUAG